UCAGAAAGCCGAUACGAAACGAAACCGCGUAAGGAGAAAGUAAAUUCCAAUUUCCUCCUCCUCCUCCUCCGCCUGCGUAAAUCGAAUCGUAGACGAUCCGCAUCUGCUCCCGCACGUUAGCGCUAAAGCCAGAGCCCAUGGCUUCUCCUCGCCCACCCCCAUCGAAGCCCUUAGAUCUCGAUCUCACCAUCGUCUCAGCCAAGCAUCUCAAGAACGUCAACUGGAAAAACGGGGAUCUCAAACCCUAUGUUGUCUUUUGGGUCGACCCGGACCGUCGUCUCGCCACCAAAUCCGACGACUCGGGUUCUACGUGCCCCGUCUGGAACGAACGCUUCACUCUCCCCCUCACCCACUCUCUCCAAGAUUCCUUCCUCACCCUUGAGAUUUUCCAUUCCAAACCCUCUGAAACGCACAAGCCCUUGGUCGGCACACUCCGUCUCUCACUCAAGGACGUCAGUGACCUGGAAGAUUCAUCUCGGCUCCGGAAGUUCACUCUCUUGCGCCCCUCGGGUCGCCCUCAGGGUAAGAUCCACCUGAAGCUCGGUCUUCUUGGACGUCCUCUGCCCCCGACCGUAGAUUACGCAAACCCUAGUCCUCCACUGGUAUGUUAUAUACCGACCAAUCCGAUUCCUCCGUCUUCGGCGCGCGAUUUCAGGGGCUACUCACCUUCACCGUCUCCUCAACCGUACUCUUCUUACAGUUCAUACCAGGAUGUGUGCUCUGCGUAUUAUCCUGGAUAUUACUCAAGCGCUCCUCCCCCUCCGCCGCCGCCGAGGCCUUUCUUUGAUCGUCCGGUGAAUUAUGGCGGGCCUAGCGGCCCGUCAGCCCCGCUUGAUUAUUCGUCGUAUGAUCACAAGCCAAAGAGUGGGAAAAUGGGAAUGGGUGCGGGGCUGGCAGUGGGCGCUGUUACUGGUUCUUUGGGCGGGCUUGCUUUGGGAGAGAGUCUCAAAUAUGAAGAGGAAAAGGUUGCCGAAAGGGUUGAAAACGACAUGGCUGCACGGGAUGAUUAUGGCGAUUACCAUUAUCGAGACUUUUGAUUUUUAGUGGCUAUUUUGCCAAGGUUUGAACUUUGAAGGCCAAUAUUCUAUUCUUCUAGUAUGCAUGUAUAUAUUUCGUCUCCGAGUUGUACUUAUGCAUCUGUGGUGCUCUGUUUGCGGCCCAAUGAAGCAAUUGACAAUUUAUCCUUAAGUUUAUGCGGCUCUCUAUAUAUAAAGAAAUAAAGUUGGUUUGCUUAUUA